AUGGCUCACAACAUCCAGUCCCAGGACGUCGAGUCCCAACAGCAGGACGACGCAAUAAAGCCGCAGGCAACUCACGGAGACGGCACUUCCAUCGCGUUCGACGAGAAGCAAUCUGAUGCUGAAACGCGCAACCUCGGAACGCUGGAGCGGCGGCUCAAGUCGCGACAUGUUCAAUUCCUCGCCCUCUCCGGCGCCAUCGGCACGGGCCUCUUCGUCGGCAGCGGGCAGGUGCUCUCGCUGGCGGGCCCGCUGUCGGCCUUCAUCUGCUACGCCGCGACGGGGUUCAAUCUGUACUGCGUCAUCGUGUCGCUCGGCGAGAUGGCGGCGUGGCUGCCCAUCCCCGGUGCGGUGCCCGUCUUCGCCGCGCGCUACGUCGACCCGGCGCUGGGCUUCACCCUUGGCUGGAACUACUGGUACCAAUUCGCCAUCGGGGUGCCCAUCGAGGUGACGGCCUGCGCCGUCGUCGUCGACUACUGGGAAAACAGCCUGCCCAAGGCGGCGCUCAUAACGCUCUUCUUCUUCACCAUGGUGCUCGUCAACUGCCUCCCCGUGCGCAUCUACGGCGAAGCCGAGUUCUUCUUCGGCGCCAUCAAGCUCACCACCAUUGUCGGCCUCAUCAUCCUCAUGUUCGUGCUUACCGUCGGGGGCGGUCCCUCGCACGAGACCAUUGGCUUCCGCUACUGGCGCGAUCCGGGACCCAUGAACGAGUACCUCAAGGAGGGCAGCCUGGGCCGGUUUCUGGCUUUCUGGAAGGUCUUCAUCCAGGCGACGUUUUCGUACGGCGGCAGCGAGAUGGUUGUCGUCGCGUCGGGCGAGACGGAGAACCCGCGCCGCAACAUCCCCAAGGCCAUUCGCCGCGUCUUCUGGCGCAUCGCCAUCUUCUACGUGCUCUCCAUCUUCCUCGUCGGGCUGUGCGUCUCGUCCAAGGACCCCAACCUCCUAAACGCCAUCAGCAGCUCUGCCCCCGGCGCCGCACAGAGCCCCUUUGUCAUCGCCAUCGCCAACGCCGGGAUUCGCACACUGCCGUCCAUCAUCAAUGCCGUCGUCCUCUCGUCGGCGUGGUCUGCGGGCAAUUCGUUCUUCUAUGCGUCGACGCGCGUGCUGUACUCGGCCGCGCUGGACGGCAAGGCGCCUCGGAUCCUGCGGUGGGAGCGCUUCGGCGUACCAUACGGCUGCGUCGCCGCGACUACGGCACUGAGUUGCCUCGUCUACCUCAACGUCAAUAAUCGCUCCUCGGAAGUGUUCUUCUGGAUCAGCAACCUCAGCGCCGUGAGCACGCUGAUCGUGUGGGCGAGCGUGUCGUACACGUACCUGCGCUUCUACUACGGCCUGCGGUACAACGGCGUCUCGCGCGACACCCUGCCGUACAAGUCGCCGCUGCAGCCGUUCCUUGCCUACUUUGCCAUUGUGUUUUGUCUCGUGGUCGCCUUCUUCAACGGCUUCGACGCCUUCUUCCCCGGCAAGUUUAGUGCCAAGUCAUUUAUCCCGCCGUACAUCGACAUUCCCAUCUUCUUGUCUCUGUUUUUCGGGUACAAGUUGGUCAAGAGGACGAGCUUCGUCAAGCUCGCCGACAUGGAUAUUUGGUCGGGCAAGGCUGAGAUUGACCGGCUGGAGCCGACGUGGAAGGUGGUCAAGCCGCGCAACUGGCUGGAGAGGAUCUGGUUCUGGAUUGCGUGA